UUACUGUCAACAUCUAUUGCCAAACAAUCUGAAAAGUUAGUUUUAUAUACGGUUGCUUUUCUCACGUUCAUUUUUUUUUACUUAACAAUCAGAAUAACUAACUAAUUAUACUAAAUAUAAAAUGAUCGUACAAAAGUCCAAACCAAUUGUAGUUUGCAAAAGUUAUGCACCAUAAGUUUUAACAAUUUUUUGACAGUGAAUUAUGUUGCAUUGCUACUAGUGGACGGUUUAAUUACCAAAUUUAAUAAGCGAUAAUUAAAGUACAUGUAUUAUAUAUCAAAGAGAAUAGGGUCUAAACUUAUUUAUUGAGUCAACUCAUCAUCAACAAAAAUAAACUACUAAUUGGGAAAAUGAUGGAUGAACAGUUAAUUGAUGAAGUCGCUCAACAUGGUGUUAUUUUCAAUCGUCAAAAAUAUUACCUUAAUGGCAGUAAUGGUCCAGGCGGUGUGGGGGGGAAGUAUGAAACUAAAGACGAAGCUUGGCAAACAAUUGCUAUAAAGUUGAGGACAGAUGUUGAAACAUGUAAGAAACGAUGGAAGUAUUUACGGGAACGGUAUGUUUCGCAACGAAAACAGGGAGAUCCUCCUGUAUAUGAGCACCUCUCUCGUCCAUAUCUCGAAAAAAUGAAAUUUCUCGAUCAGCACAUACAGCCUCGAAAAUCGUACAGAAAUGUGCCAAAUUUUCUUACAUCACCGCACUCGGUAAACAGUUCCAAUUAUAGUGAGUUCAAUAUGGAUUCUAAAUCAAAUGGAUCUAUGAAAAAUAUAGGUCACUUCGGCAACUCUGCAGCCUCUCAACAUCAUUACCACCAAUCAGAUCCGCAACACACUAUGAAUGUAAUGAAUUCGUCAACGGUAGCUUCUUCAGCACCAGAAAACGGAAAUGGACAUGUCAAAAUAGAAGCUGAUCAAAUGUUUCGUGAUUUUGCUGCAGCAGUAGCCUCACAACAGUUGCAACAAAUUUCACAAACACAGCUGCAUCAUCAUCAAGCAGCCGCUGUAGCUGCCGCUAUGGCCGACUCCUCGCAAAAUUAUAAUGAACAUUUUCGUGAAGGAAAUCAUUUGAACGGAAAUGGUGUAGGUCAUAAUGGUAAUAGCAGCGGCAUUGGUAUUUCGUCAUCAUCCUCGUCAAUGAAAUCACCUUUAUCUUCUCCAUUAGACGGUGUAAACGGCAAUCAUAGUGGAGGGAAUCCCUCCACGAAUGGCGCACAACAGGCAGCAGCACAGUCUUCGUCCUCCAAUCAGAUAUCGACACACGCAUAUAAUGAUUCCAAUAACGAUGAGCUGGACUCAUCAACAGGUAGCAGUUAUCAUACAAAAAAGCCGCGUGUACAUCUAAAUUCCAAUGUUGCUGGUAUGACUCAUAACAACAACCAUUCGCAACAACAACACCCCAGUUCACAUGAUACAUCCAAUUCAACAAACGCACAAUAUGUUGAAGAUACGGACGAUGAAUCAGAUGACAAUAGUAGUAGUAUGUUGCAACCACAGGCUAUAAUAAAUGAUAACCAGAUUAACCACUAUGAUAGUUCAGCUUCAACUUCCUCAGCAGCGGCAAUGCAACGUAAUCCGAAUUCUUCAAAUAAUAGUCAGCAACAGGGAAUGUUCCCGGCGAACGCUGACUUCCUUUUUCAGCUUUAUCAGCAAUUGCCUCAUCAACAGCAAACAGUAACAUCGGCUCAGCAGCACCAGCAUAUUAAUAAGUUUCAAACACCACAAAAUCCAGUUCCCGCGCGCAGUUCAGAGCACCUACUUGGUGAAUUAGUGACAACAGAGCUAUUAAAAAUGACAAAAGAACGGCGUAAACAUGUUCAGAAGCGUAUACUUGAAAUCCUAUUUUUUGAUGAUUGAAAUAUAAUGUACAUAAUUGUACAGCAGUUGUUUGUGCUCAUUAGCAUCACACUACAUUUUGCCAACUCCAAACUGGAGGAGCAGAAAGCGUAUUCAUUCCAUAUACAAAAUUUAAAAUUAGUGAUUAUUCCAGUAUAUAUAUAUAUAAUAUAUAUUUGCUAGAGAUAUGUGAAAUUAAAUUUUAUUUGUGUACGGAGAGCCCACCUUAAAUAUCUGUCAGCGUUAUUGUUUUAAAUUUUAUAAAAUCUAUUUUCUUAUUCUAGUCAGUUUGCAAAAUUUGAUUUAGAAUAAUUACCACUUACUAGCUCGUACCUUUAAACAAUUCAUUAUUUUGUGCAAACACUAUGAAGAAAUGUUUAACGUGAGAUUUAAUUACUUAAAAUUAUGUACAUAUUUUUAUAUAACUGGUAUAUAAACCUUUUACCGUCUACUACUGAAAGUAAGUUAUAAAAUUCAUCAAUAUGUAAUAUAGACUAUCGAUCUAUAGGUACCGCUUCAAAAUAUUACGAAAAAUAGAGUAAUAAAGGUAUAUUCCUAACCCGUAAAUAUUACAGAUAAUAAAAUUAAUUGCAUUAUA